AUGGUUAUAUCGAUCAAAGAUGAGUCGAGGAAUGACAAGAGAGACAAAGAGACGGCUAUUGGAAGCGAUGACAAGGAAACGGACAAAUGGACGGCCAUUGGGAUCAUCUCUGACAUGGAGUCAGUGGCCGACGGUUUGCCUCCGAUGCGCGUCAGGAUUGUCAACGAAGACGACAUCCAGAUUAAUGCCGAAGACAUUGAGAUGAGUUCCUUCGAGAGCAUCCGCUUCUUAGUCAUUGUGAUCGUCAUCCUUGUGCUCAACAUAUUGAUAAUGAGUGGAACCACUCACUGGAUAUACAACUAUUUGGAUGGAAUCGACUGGUCUUUGGCAGACAGGACUCACUUCAAUACUCACGUAUUCUUCAUGUCUUUAGGAGUUUGUGGCUUUGGAUUAGGAAUGCUGACGCACCGCAUAUUCCGUGGCUUAUCGUCGGGUGCCCUCAACUGUCUGCACACAACGCUCACUGUCUUGAGUCUCAUAUUCUUCGUGAUCGGCAUUUACGCGGUCUUCGCGUCACUCAAUGCCUUAGGAUGUGUUCACUUAUAUUCAGUGCACUCGUGGGUCGGACUCAUGGCUAUCCUAUUGUUGAUAUUGCAGUGGACUUCAGGUCUAACCGUAUUCUUAUUCCCGCGGUUUGUAUACGAGGUUCAGAUCCUCUUCGUUCCGUUUCACCACUUCUUCGGACGACUUGUGUUUACAGUGAUCUGCGGCACAGCUAUUAUCGGCAUUUCAGACAAAUUACGCAUAACUGGCGCCGACUUAGAGGGGUUGGCACCCAUCCAUCAGACCAACCAAUCGACAGAUAUCUUGACUGUUAUUAAGAGGGAGACCGUCGAGUACUGGCAGUUACCUAAAGAGGCACUACUGGCCAACAUUAUUGCCAUCGCUUUCCUUUUUUAUGCCAUUUGUGUCAACUAUUUGUCAUCCAAUGACUCAUACAAACGAAGGCUACCUCUUGAGGAGCAGGGAAUUGAAGUCAAGACUCAAAUUAAAAAAUAA